AUGGCUAGCACAACCUUACGACCGAUAGCCUUCAAACCCUCUGCGCCGGUUCGCAGUGACGAAGGCUUCCGUAAUACAGUAAUAGAGGACACACCGCAAGUCUCGCUUCGCCGGGCACCUCCUCAAAGGCUCCAGCCAUGGCCCGCAGUCACAUCGCCGCUCAGUGAUGACUUUCCAACACCAAGGGCCAAUACCUCCGUUCCAGCGGCACCAAUCCUCGAAACGAGUCCGGAUCCCAGCAAUACAGAUUCAUCCGAGUCCGACCAGAGCUCACUAUGGAGCAAGCGCAGUUCAAAGAGUUUCGAUGAGCUUUACGAUGUGUCUGAGAGUGAUUCUGAGGAGGUUCCCAUCAAGCUGUCUUCGUCAGUGAAGAAAAGAGUCUACGGGAAGCAGACGAAGAAUCGAUACCCGUCGCUGGUCAUUCCAUCUCCGUCCCAAUGGCCGACUAUCGAGAAGCUGCAGUCCGCGACUGCUCUCUCCCCGCCGCUGAAAGUGAAUCUGUCCCCCUCGAUCCUUGCGCGAUUGCAAGAACGAAGCCUUCGAGUACCGAGUACAUCGUCCACGCCCUCGCUUGAUGGAAGCCAAACAUCCGAAGAACUGGCCAGAUCGAGCUGUCCGUCCACUCCAGAGAUUCUGGACCCAGUCGAGUCCGAUUUGGCCUGGGAGCCGCCUGUUCAACUCAAUCCGUCUGUCGAAAACCUUCUACAGCAUCUCCAUCCUGACGACGGAAACAAUUCUCAGGAGACGGUCAUUGAAAUUCCAGAAGAAGCUGUUCACGAAAUGAGAGAGAUUGUUGAGUCCCCUCCAGUCACAGGACAGUUCAAGAUCAAGACGCCGGAGCCGGCACCUAAUGAUUCUGAAUCCGAAGAUGAGCUUUCUGCACUGUCAGUCCCUUCGCCUGGCGGGUUCUUCGCUUCGCUCGAUUCAACCAUGGCACGGCAAAAUUGGUCGGGCUUCGAGCCAGCUCUGACAACAAGUACGGCGACUGAGUUCUACGGCGUGCCUUUCCGCUCGCCGCCGAAACAGAUACCCACCACGAGCACAGCAACGACAUUUUACGACUUGCCUUGGCGCGAUCGACCCAAGGAUCCUGUGGAGCAUGUUCUCUCCGUCAAGAUCCCGACCAAGUCUACCGACCCUGUGACAGCACGCAAGGUUGCCUUCUCUCCAAUCGAGGUGAUUUUCGAAGUCGACGAGAUUGACGACACGUACGACGAUGCAUUGAAGCAAAGUGCUGCAGCGAAUCUCAACCGAACGCAAUUGUGGCUUUCGGCACAGAAUGCGUACAUGCAAGCUCUGUGCGAGGAGGACGAGGUUAUUUCUAGUUUCGGCGACAUCGCAGAUGCCACUCCGAAAACCCCUGAUCAAGCAUCACCGCCGUCUGACGAGACUUCGCCGGGGAAAAAGUCGGUGCGAUUCGCCGAGGAUGAGUCUCCUAUCGUCAAGCCAGAGUCGAGUCCAGAAGAGGAGAAGCGCAUCUCUCCCAUCCAUGAUGGUACGUUCUGGGAGGCGUGGCGGCACCAAAAGCGUUCGCAGCGUGCCAGAGACGUCUUCCGUCACAGACAAGCACGAGCGGAAGCCGAGCACGUCAAGCGCUUGAGCCUUCAGAAACAGCACGCUGAACAGCUCAAUGGCAAGUACGAGAUCAAGGACACUGAGAGACCUGCACCUCAGCGUCCUGUUUCGUCCUUCCUCCCGUCGGCUCCCGAGGACGAAAGAAAAGAGUUGAUAGCACUAGCUGAUCGAGAAAGACAAGCUCUUGAGCAGCUCCGGUCUUCUUCUUGGCACCUUGCGGCACAGAAAGAAGUCAAUGGCGGGAAGCUACUUACGAGUCCGAUUGUACAAAGCUUCAAAACACGAAGAGAUGUCAGGGUCUUGGAUCUUGCUGGCCAAGUACACUGUAGCUGGGCAUGGACCGUCGCCUCUGACCAUCCAGAUGCCUCCAUCUACACCACUGUGUCGUCUGAUGCCGAAGCCCAUGUUGCUUCUCUGGAAGGCCCGAGCAACCACUUCGUCGUGACCUCACCCAAGCUAUGGGAACUUCCUUUCGGCAUGGACUACUUCGACGUCGUCUCUGCUCGAAAUCUGUACUUCCACCUCAGGACCACCUGGCCGAAGGGCUUUGCUGUCGAUGAAUGGGAGCUCACACUGCGAGAGUGUCUGCGGGUGCUGAAGCCUGGCGGAUACCUCGAGUUCGAUCUGCUCGACGCUGAGCUGGUCCAUCCUGAUGAGCUAGGUCAGGCGCUGGGUGUGGAGUUUGCUUUCAACCUCAAGACUCGCGGCUACGAUCCCUCCUCUGGCAAGAACUUCCUACCUCGCCUCAAGCGUGCAGGUUUUCACGAAAUCAAGCGGGCUUGGAUGGUGCUGCCUGUGGCUGAUGCUGUCCCACGAUGGAGUGACUCUGGAAAGACUGGGAACAAUGCUCAAACCACCGAGCGGCUCAUCGCUGCAGAUGGCACUGUGACUGAGUUUUCAGCACCGCUGACAGGCAGCACCAAAGAUGUUCGCGCCAUGACAGGCCUCGUCGGCGCCAGGAUGUGGGAACAGUGGAUGCUCAAGUUGAGUAUGGAGAUGGGUCGUAGUGAGAAGAAGGUGUUGGACGACGUCGUCAAAGCGCUGGAAGAGGGAGGCAAAGGGAACGCUAGCUGGAGGUGUCUCGUUGGUUGGGCAAGAAAGGACUUGUAA